AUGCUAGUACAACCUCGCAAGAUUUGCGAUGGUGCCGUCUUCCAGAACGUGCGGUAUUACAUGGCCGGGUCUUGGAAAAAGAACCGUGUGUCUGUUGCCCAAGCCUGGAUGGACAAGCUGUCGGGGUCCAAGAGGAAGAUACUGGGAAGUCUAUGGAAACAUCCGGAUAUAAUAGCAGCUAUGGAUAGCAUGCUUUGUUUUCCUGGUUAUUGGGAUGGGCUUCAGCUUGGGAACUGGGCAAAACAUCUGGCCGCCCGCAUCAAUCCGCUCAUCAUCAACUAUUGGGUGCAUAUUAAGAACGUCGCUUUGAAAAUAAUGGCUGGACAUGAAGACAAGCUGCAUCUAUUUAAUGCAAAUACAGUUGCAAUUCUUCAAUAUCGGGCGCCGUCGUGGAAUUCGCAAGACCGAGCACAGAUCUGCGAUCUUUUUGAGGACGGAACACUGUUUCCUGGCAUUUUAUCAAAGAGUGCUCGAGACAGAAUUAAAGACAACAUUCUUGAGCUCCCGGAUUCAAUACCUAGCAUCCAGACCUUUCAUGAAAACAUGAGAUAUUUGACGAUUGGAGCUAAAAUCCUUGAGAAACACAUUGAGAACCGGCCGUCAGAGAGCCGGGCUGAUACAAUCGAGCCCAUGUGUUCCAGUCUUAUUGAGAAUUUAAAAAAGGACUGGAACAGUCGUGGGGCUUCGAUGGAAGUCGGCCACGGUCGCAUGAUCCAGGUGAAUGAGCCAACUGCCGACGCUGCAGUCAUUCAAGCAUUUCUAGCCGCAUUGCGCUACUUCCCUUACUUGUCACCCGAGGCGCCUCUAAGGGACUUUGACAAGAGAGUGUGGAUGGCGGGCAAUUUUGAUAAUAGCGUUCUAAGCCGUCUCUGUGUCACUCUUAAAGAUUUAGGUUUCUCUAACGCGAAUAUUGAGAAAGGGCGUCUUCACCCGAUUGAGAACCGGCACAUAUCGUACACCCAGCCGAAGAGGAGGAGGGACUGGCGCAGUGGAAAACCUUGCCUCGCGGGGUACCACAUCCUACUGCAAUCGUCUUUUUUCCCACAACUAUUCGCGGAAUCCUUAGAUGACAAGGUGCCACCAGAGCUACGUGUGCAAAGCCAUAUUUUGCAAGCUUUUUUUGGAGGUAAACCGAAGGUUCCAUCGCUGGUAUCAGCUGCAUCUCUUCGUGCUGAAAUGGACGUGGAUACAACAGAGCCAAAUGAGGCAUGGAGGAGUGAGCCAGAGAUAGAUGAAGACGCAAGGCUAGGUGAAGUAUUAAAGUUAUGGUCAAGGGGCAAUAAUGAAACGCGCGCCAAAAAGAAACGAAAGGACAAAAUGCCUCGAGGUAUUGCUCGGUCUGCAACAAGUCGCGACAAGCCGCGCGUUCGGGCCAGAGGGCCCAAAUUCACAUUCGGGCAGCAGAAUGUCCCAGACAUCCCAGCGACUCGGGCGUCUGAUCUCUACGUUGGCCCACCAGUAGAUCCAGCGGGUAUCCCGACUCAAGCGCUGGCGCACUUGACUCCCCCGACUAAGAAUCCAAAUCGGGCCAAAGAAAAGAAACGCAAGCAUAAUGAAGUAUCUGAAGCCGCAGAAGUGCCAGAAAAGAGGCAUAGGAAGCGGGACCAGGACGGGGGUAUUCAAGCCGUGGGAGAGCAGGCUGGGGGAGAGCAGGCUGGGGGAGAGCAGGUCACCCAAAUACAGCCGGCCGAAGAGCUAGGACGAGCAGUAGUGGAGGAUCUAGCAAGCAUGUCACAGGAUGUGCGCUGGAAGAGGAAGGGACCCUUGGAAGCACCUGUUGCAACACCUGCGCUACCGCCCUCUAUGAAUGCCCAGAAUUCAACAUCAGUAGUUCAGCGAGGUCGCGAACCACUGUCGAAGCCUUCUCAGCAUGUCCAUCCCGAAAAUGACCCGCAAAUUCCUGAAAUUAACGAUGAUGAUGCCUUCUCUCCUCCUCACCUAGAACAGGAGGCUGAGCUUUUUGCUAUCGGGGACUAA